CCAGGGAUGCGUGGCGGCGUUACCAGGGAAGUGACGAGCGACUUUUUCCGGAUUAGAGUCGAAAGGAAAGCGUUUCCACGUGUGGCAAACGAGAGGUGAAGGCUGAUCCAGAAUCAGAAAUCAGAGAGAAAAAACAACACAGAAAACCAAUGAAAAGAUCCUCAAGGAUGCAAAAAGCAAGAAGAACAUCAAGAGGUUUUUGAGAAGUUGGCUGACUAAAGUUGGCAUGGCAGUUGACGGGGCGACCAAGGAGAAGAAGAAAAAGAAAAAAGUAAAGUUGGAGGAUGUUCAGGAUACAGGAGAUGCAAAUGUGAUGGCGUGUCAUGAUGUGUCUGUACAGACUGCUGUUACAAAAGAAGAACCUCUGGUCAUAAACAUCAGAGAUGGAGAGAAGCGGGAGAGCGAUGCAGCUGAGAAGAAGAAAAAGAAGAAAAAGAAAAUGGAGGAAGUGGAAGUAAACAAUGCAGCCGUCCAGACUACCGUCAAAACAGAAAGCUCAGAUAUAAACAUCAGUGAUGCUCCUGAGAAGACAAAAAAGAUGAAAAAGAAGAAGAAAAAGGAGGAAGCAGAACAGAUACAAGAGCACGUGAUCGUCAGUGAGGAUGGAGAUCAUUUAGUGUCCAAGAAAAAGAAAGCCAAGAAACAAGGGUAUGAGGAAGAGGUGGAAGGUAUAAAAAAGAAAAAGAAGAAAAAGGAGGUAGAGGUCAAAGAAGAAGAGGCUGAUUUAGGACACAGUGUGGAGAUGGUAAAAAAGAAGAAAAAGAAGAGAAAAAUUGAUGAUGUGGCCGAGCAAGAGCAAAAUGCAGAUGGACAGAUAAAGAAGAAAAGAAAAAAGCAGAAAGAAGCAGAUGCAUGUGAAGAGGUAGAGCAAAAGGUGAAGAAAAAGAAGAAGAAAUCUUCAGCAGAGGAGGAGCCUGAUGAGAUCAGCUCAAAUAAAAAGCCGGAGAAAAAAAGCAAAAAGCUGAAGAAGAAAUUAAAAAGCGUGGAUGAAGGUGAGAGUCGUCCUCACGCCAGCGGAGGACAGGAGAGAUCAUCAGACAAGAAGAUGAAGAAGAAAAUCAAGGCGAGGACUGAUGAGAUCCAGGAGGAACCGGCGGGAAAGAAGGGGAGUAAAGACAGAAACAAAACCCCAGAAAAAAUUAAAAAGAAAAAAACUAAAGAGGAGCAUCAUGAUGCCGUCGUGACGCGAGCAAAUAAAGCUUCUGAUGUUGUGUUCGUGUCAGAAAAGCCUGGAAAUCAGGAUGAAGUUUCUAUAGAUCAGGCCCGCCGACUCGCCCUACAGAGGGACAUUGACAAGGAAUCACAGCCGAAGCCGAGUCUUGGCCAGUGGGGCACGGCACAGUUCGACAGCUCUGACAGACAAGCCAAGUUCCUGCGCUUGAUGGGCGGGUUUAAAAAGAGCAGCCAGCCCCUCACAGGAUUCUCUGGCCAGGCUAACAUGGCGCUAGGAAAAGAAAGCCAACAGACUUUGCAGCAAGGCCUUCUGGGAGAGUUUGAGCGCGCACAGAGCCGCCAUAUGGACUUCAGGAAUAAAGGAGUCGGAUUGGGGUUCGCGGCGCCGUCCAAUAAAAAGUUUGCGAUUGAUGCUAAUGCAAGGAACUCAGUGCGAUUCGAUGACUGAGAGUUACAGGAUAGUUCACUCACAAGUGAACGCUCGGUCAUCAUUUACUCACCCUCACAUCGUUUGCAAACCCAUGUGCUGUAAUCACAUCAGUCAAGCUCCAAAAAGGACAAAACAACCAAUAGCCCAUAAGAAAUCUGUUUGGAAUGAUGCAAGGGUGAGUAAACGAUGACAAAAUGUUCAUUUCUAGGUGAACUGUUCCUUUAAUGUAUGAAUCAAAGUGGAAUUUAUUUUGGGAAACUGAGGAGCUCCGAAUCACCGACCAAAAAAAGUAUUUUACUUUUUUAUUUCGCAAGUUUCCUUGAAAUCUGAUUUCUUUGGGUCCUGAGAUAUGUUGUACUCAGGUGAAAUAUCACGAGAUGUAUUUGAAUUUAUCAUUGGAUUUGCCCAAGAAGUUUACACUAGAAGAAAAGAUUACACAACAGCAAAUAAAGACACUGGAUUAGA